GUACCUGUAUUAAUAGACAACGGAUUCACCCUCUGGGAAAGUCGUGCUAUCCUGCAAUACUUGUGCAAUGAAUACGCGCCCAACAGUUCCCUAUACCCUACGGAGCCUAAGGCACGGGCACUGGUAGACCGUUGGCUCAACUUUGACUCUGAACUGUACAAUAUUAUUGAUAAACUUCUGAUUGAUAAGUCGGUGAAUGGCGUUGAAAUACCUGAAGAUGUGAUCACUAACUAUAAGAAUAGGCUGAAAGUGUUGGACAAACUAAUCGGUGUUAAGCUGUAUCUAACGGGUGAUCAGUUGACAAUCGCAGACCUGUCCCUAUUGGCCACCACGACAUACAUCGCGUGGAUUGAAGAGUUUGAUUUCAAUGAUUACCCGAACUAUAAGCGUUGGAAUACACGGCUUAAGUCAGAACUACCCUAUUAUGAGGGUAUUAAUGGCAUUACACGAGAGGACAGGGAUGCGUUUACGGCUAAAAUCAAAGCCAAAUUUGGAUAA